AUGUCGCGACUUCUUGACGAGGUGCCGGUUGGUGCGACGGAAUUGGCGGCGGCCGAAGAGCUCGGCGUCUGGGUAGAGCCUUCGCCGCCCGCCGUGCGCGGCUGUCGAGCUCUCCUACAAGAUGGAAGCUGCAUCCUGCUCGCCUACAGCAUCCUGACGCAGGACUUCUGCGGCUGCAUCGACUACUGCGCGCGAUUUCCAGUUCCUCGGGGUGCGGAGCGUCGCUACGCAGACGUCGCCGACCACUUCGGCUUCUCUCUGACCGUCGUGCGCCUGCAGGCCUCGCGGCCGGGGGCCUCUUCGGCGAUCGUGUGGAGAGGUUUCAGCCGACAUGUUCUGCCAACGGCGCAGUGGGCCCGCCGCGUCGGGGAAGUCGAGGGCGCGCUGUUGCACAUCACUAACAGCAGUGAAUGCGCAUUCGACGUCGAUUUGACAACUGGACGGGGAUCGCGGGAGACCGCGGCCGACGGGUGCUUCGUGAGCGCCGACGACGAUCCGCUGGGAGGAAUGGUGCAUGGGGAAGACGCAUCCAAUGCGUGUCUCAGCUUGGCUCUGAAUGCGUUGGGCGCACGCGUGCCGACCAGCGUGCAAGGCCCAUUCCGCGCGCUCGAGCACGGGAACCAAUGGCUGUCGCACCUCGGCCUCGCCCUGAUCCAGCAGCCGCGGGGCCCGACCGGCCCUGGGCGUUACGUCAAGUGGGGGCCGCCGCGGCGCAAAUCUGAACUGGCCGCGAGCGUCGGCCACUUCGCGGCCGUUAUCCUGCGGCCAGGCAGCGCCACUGUGAUUGACCGCCGAGCACGCCUGCCAGCGGUUCGCGAGUGGCGCUCGUGGGGCGACAUUCCGGACGUCGAGGAGCACAAGUGGUUCGUAUUGGUGGAGCUCGGCGCACAGAGGCCGGGGCCCGAGGGCGGCCGCCCUCUUCCGUGGGGCACGACUUCGGGGAUCAUCGAAGCUAACCGGCUGGACGCACUCAUCCGUCGGCGCGCAGCUCGCGAACGAGCGGGCCCCUAUGGGUCGGCGUCGUCGUCGGGCUUGCUCGCGCCGCAGGAGGCAGCCCGGGUAUCGGCGAACCGAGAGGAGGCAAUGCGGCGCAGAUCUUUGCGCUUGUUCUGCCCGUUGCCGCCGGUGGGGUGGCCCAGCGCUCAGGUGCCCCAAGUUCCGAGUGAUUUCUCCCUCGAGCUGCCGCGUCUUCCGAAGAUCCGCCUACUCGAGCGACUCAACGCGCACCCUUGGGACGCCCAGCUGCACUUCGUCGAGGAGUCGCACUCCUACUACAUUCGCGGCGUGCGAACCCCAGGUUUCGACGCUGUCGCAGUGAUCGAGAAGAUGCGGAGCGGGCGGAACUGGCCUCGACCUGAUUAUUUGCGCCACCCUCGCCCCGAAUACGUGGUCGCAAAGCUGCGGACCAUGCCGGAGGCUGCUUGCUUGCACGACUUACUUGUUUCGCACGGGGCCUGCGACGCCGAGAUCUGCGCCGAGGUGAAGGCUACUGCGAGAGCGGCACCCCGCCUGGCAUGCCUGAUGGAGAGUUUAUCUCUCUCGGAUCAGGAGAUCGUGGAGAAAUGGCGCCUAAACAAAGAAGAGGCGGCUAGGCGGGGCACCUGUAUGCACUGGACGUUCGAGGCCCACCUCAACCGCGUCCUGGUGCCCCGCGAUGCCGUAGAAUUCCAGUUGUUCUCGAAAUUCUUGGGCGCGCUGAAAGGUCUGGCGGCUUUCCGCACCGAGUGGGCCAUCUUCGCGGAGCACGAGGGGCUUGCUGGGUCAAUCGACUUCGUGGCUCGAGACUCCGCGGGCAGUCUGUACAUAUACGAUUGGAAGCGGGCGAAGAAUUUACGUUCGAAGUUCACGAACCAAUGGGAGAACAUGAAGUUUCCAUUGGGCCGAUUGCCAGACUGCCAGGGAAAUCAUUACCGGGUGCAGCUUAACAUAUACAGGUGGAUGUUGGAGCAGUACUACGGCGCCCGCGUGGCCGCGAUGUAUGUGGUCUGCCUGCAUCCGGACAACGGUGACCAGCCAUUUGUAGACGACGUGCCGGUGAUCCCAGAGAUCGAGGAGCUCAUGGCCAUUCAGCGCACGAGGUCCCGAGAGUUGCGGGCAAUGGCGUCGGAAGACGCCCGCGAGAUAGACCCUGCGGGCGGCUGGCGACGGCCAGUCGUGGCGGCGCGCAUGCCUUAUUGCCUGAGCACCGCGGCCAAUUUCGGUCGUGCGUUUCGCCGGACAUCAGUGGAGGUCGCGCGCGCGCCGACUGGGAGACGGAUCAGAGGCAAGAGAAAAGCCGACGAUGUCGGCGAGGGCUGGGUGUGCCUCGCGGCCGAGCAGCGCGAGCCGCACGAGCUGACGGACGCGGGCUUGGUGGAUGCUCCUGCAUCCCCGAGCGGGGACGAAGGCGAAACGGCUGUGCGGACAGAGUUGUUUGAUUGCCUGGAGAAGGAAGUUAAGGGCUUCGCCACGGGGGGCUCGCUCUUGCGCCCCAAGCGGGACAGCGAGGGCAAGUGUAGAUUUGCUUGCGGCCUAUGCCCGUUCCGAUCGUUCUCGACGCAGCUGCUCUUACGCGCUCACGUCUCCAAGUACCACGUCAGGGAGACGCGCUUCGUGGCGUCUGGUACGAAGCAGUUCAACGUCGUGUGCGCGCUGUUCGAUAACGACCGGCUCCUGCGAGCUCCAAUCGGCAACCUGCUGAAGCGGUCUGCGACGACCAUGCGCGAGACAGUAUCUCCCGCUGUUCAUCGCGGACAGAACGCGGUUGACAAAGACGUUGUCCUUGUUCUCGACGACGACGGGCCGUCGUAUCAGAACAAAGCUGCAGUCGGGCGGAGUCUCGCGUGCAGACGAGUGGGGUACACUUACUAUACCCGUGGCUUCGCGGACAUAGUGAUGCAGGAAUCCUUGCGCCACCAUGGGCGCGUUCGCCCGGCGAUGCUGCGGACGUGCGCUCGCGUCGUGGAGCAGGGCUCUGAGUUGAGUAGCAUGCUGCCGACGCACGUCGACCACUGGCUAAAGCUCAUGGAAGACGUGUUCAACAGCGUGCACGUAGAGAAGCGCAGCGCUGCGUUGAUGGAGGAAUGCCGGAAACAUGAAGAAUUCCUCCACGUCUCCAUGGACGCCACCAUCCGCAUUCUGCGCAGGGUCAAGGGCCAAGCAGACUAUCGAUCCUCCCAAGCAGUGCGAGACGCAGCGCCCGUGCCAGACGUUGACGCCAAGCGCCGCGCGCUGACCCUUGCGGGUCGGACGGGCGCGGCGCUCGGCGUUUUCUUGACUAGGGACGAGGCAUCUGACGAAAUAGCCGGAGCGAUUGCAGGUCGUUGGUCGGAGGCGUGCAGAUCGCAGACUGUGUCCGUUGCCAGCGACCAGCCGAGCAGCGCGUUAUACCGCGCGUUGCGAAGCUCGUGCUUCUCCAACCUAGUUUAUCUGAGCCUCGACCCGGUUCAUUUGCCCAUCACGUACGAGGAGACGCACUGGAGGAAAAAGACAGUGGGAUCGAAGCUAUUGCGCAUAAUCAUGGUUAAGUUCACGAAGGUAGACAGCACGCUGCCGGCGCAAUUCUGGGGGGCGCCGUUCGACGGAACGAACGCGCCAGUUCUGCGACCCAUGGAGGAGCGCGCGCGACAGCAGAUACUCGACCAUUCUCUGUCGAAGCCGCGAGCUCAAAAUGUGAUUGACAAUGUGAACGCCGAGCUGCCAUGGAGAACGACGCAUGAGUUCAUUGAAUCUAUCGCCGCGUUGAGUGCGUUGGUUCCAGAAGAGCUUGCCCGUCGCACUCACGUGAACAACGUUCAGCUUAAGAGGUUGCUUUACAAUGCUACCGCUUCAGCUCGGAUGCAAUGGUUUUUUAACAACCUCCGGUUCAGGCAUUCCUUGCCGGCGGCGCGCUUAGCUCUGCUUGGAUCUGGCACGUCGGUUAACGAAUCCUUCAACCACGAGAUCAACACGUGGUUUCGCAAUCAGGGGGACAUCUACGCGUCGACGGCGGAGCUUCAACUUAGAAUUGGAUUCCUGGGCAAGCUGCAGGCCCACUGUUGCGCGCUGUAUUCGCCGACGCUGCGGCAGCUGCGACAGGCCAACGUGCUAUCGCGAAGCAUUAUGGCUUGGGCUUUUCCUCGGGAUGAGUGGAAUAAUUACUGCUCACUCCAGGCGCAGUGCGGCACCGACGUUCUGGCGCCUGCGCGACUUCCGCUGCGCGAAGCCCGGCAGAAGGUUGCGCGGCAGAUUGCCGAUCGCGCCGCGUGCGCGCAGGGAAAGCCAGCGGCGCGCGACGCCGCUCCUGCCGUCCAGCGCGGUGCUCAGAAGAAGCCCGCUGCGAGAAACCAGGGCGAAGUAUUGCAUCUGUAG